UCGACUCUUCUGCUUGGUGCGUGGAACGGGCUCAUCUUGUUCCUGGAUAAAGCAGAAUGCAGAUUCGUUCAUUUGUCCAUUUAUCUGCGAAUUGUUUUCGUAACGCAACUUUUAUCAAAAAAUCUCGCUGUUAUUGCUGAUACUAGAGUUCUUAAUCUGAAUAUUCUGCUCUUGGAGUGAUCGUAGCAAACCGAGCCUGAUGAGCGAAGAUGUCUGAUUCCGAACGCGAGGAACCAGAAAAGAAGCGUCCGCAUUCUUCUUCGGACGAUGAUGCUGCUGAUAAAGACGAGCCAAUACAGUCUCGCCUGCGAGCCAAAAAAGCCAGAGCGAGUAAUAUUUACUCCAGUUCUGAAGAAGAAAAUUCCGACGAAGAAAGGAGAAAUAAGUCCAAGUUAAAGAAGAAAAGCCCGACAAAGAAACCCAACGCUGUUUCUGAUGAUGAUGUCGAAGAAGGUGAGGUUAGCGAUCGCGGCAGCAGUUCGGAUGAAAUGAAGUACAGCGACGGUUUGGACGAUCAGCUGCUCGGCGACGAAGACGAUAAGCAGCGAUUGGCAUCGAUGACUGAAAGAGAGCGAGAAGAAGAGAUCUUUCGCCGUUUAGAGCAUCGCCAAGCCUUACAGCGUCGAGCUGAACUCGAGAAGAAACUCCGCCGCCGAGCCACUGAGGGCGUCAAAGGAAAACCAAAUAUCAAAGCCGUCGACGAGACGAGUGCGCGCAGUAAAGAGCGUCGUUUGAUGGUGGAAGGAAAAAAAGACGUGAAAUCCAAAGCUAUGGAUAAAUUUAAACAGGCUCGCGAAGAGAAACGCAAAAAGGACGCUGAACAGGAGAAAAAGAAGGCUGCGUCUAAGCCUUCGAAAGAGAGUGAUAGCGAAUCCGACGCUGAUGAUGACGACUUGCCGGAUGUCGAGCGGAAGAAUGUGGAUGCCAGCUCGUCAUCGGACAGUGAUUCCGAUGAUUCCUCCGAGAAGUCUGAUAAGAAGGAUGACGAAAAAAACGCCGAUAAGGAGACUAUUAACACCUAUCAGGAUCUGGAUAAGAUCCGCGUGGAGCGGGACAAACUGGUGGAGUGGAUGUAUUUGUCCUUCUUCCCAGAAACCAUGAAGGGCUGUUUUGUCAAGGUUAAUUUUGGUGAUGUCGAUGCCGAUAAAAAACCCAUCUAUAGGAUUGCCGAGAUUGUCGGUGUCGGAGAGAACAAAAAGCCAUACGUCGUUUCCGUGGGAGACUCCGCUAAAUCGCACCAUACCCAGUUGACUCUCCGUGUCAAGGUUGUGGAUCGCGAAAAAGAUGUACCAUUAAAUUUCGUAUCCAAUAGACCAAUUGUUGAAACGGAGUUCAACGAUUUCUUGAAGCGUUUAAAUGACCGCAGUCUGCCGGCUCCCACGAGAGGGCAUUUGGAGAAAAAACUCCGAGACUUAGAUGCGGCGCGAGCCUAUCGCAAAACCGACGAGGAUAUUACACGCAUGGUAGAAAUGAAGAAGAAAUUUGCCAAUCGUCCGCAAAACCUGGCUAUGAAGAAAGCCGAACUGGUCAAGCUGAGAAGCGCGGCCCUCUUGUCUCAAGACCAUGUCACGGCCUCCCGAUACCAGGCUGAACUGGACGAGUUAAACGCCCAGACUCAGCAGUUGGAUGCUCCGCGUCUGCAGAACCAGGCGAAAAUUGAACAAAUUAACCAAAGAAAUAAGAAUGUCACAUUAAAAGCCUUGGGCGAUGCAAUGAAUAGUCAACAGCGGGCUGAAGUGGAACGGUCCACUGACGAUCCCUUCACGCGACGUUGGGGCACACCGACCAUGGUGCACCGAAAGGGAGCCGCCGGGGCGGCUGCUACAACGGCACCGGGAAGCAAUAACAAGGAAGCCGAAGCGGCCAACGGAGGUGGUGCAGCGUCCAGCAUUACAUCGCCGGAAGCGCCAAAUGGAACUGCAACAUCGGGCAAAGUGGAUCCUUUCAACAUGCACAAUUUCGAUAUUGGUAUCGACAUCGAUUUGGGAGAAUUUCCCGUUGCAUCUUUGCCAUAUCGCCGGAACAAAUAGUACCAGGGAUUUAAAUCCCAUUAACUAUAACAGCCGUUAGUUAUAGUUUAAACGUUUUAUGGCUUUAAGGAAAAAUAAUAUAACGGUAUCCUUUGUUAUGCUAUGGCAUCGUGCGCAUUUCGCACUUGAAGGUUAUAAGAUUACUACUGUCCUUAUGUUUGCGGAUGUUAGCAUUUUGCUUGACCUACGUUAUGUUGAUCUGCAUAGAACCAUUUUUGGGAGUGCUGGCUGGGAAGCGUUGUUGAAAUGCGUUUUCUUUUGAAAUGCCGACGCUCUCUUUCUUUGGUUUCGUAUGAAGUGAUAAAAAAAUUCCCAUUUGAAAACUUGUGUUUACGAU